AUGCGCUUGGCCAAGUCCAGGGUGAACAUCGACAUCCUGGACAUAAAGGAGAUAAGACCGAAGAAAGUUAGGUCAGGAGCCUUACUCCUGGAAGUCCCAGGAGUGGAAGGGACUAGUAAGGCAGACAAACUGGCUAAUAAAUUAAAAGAGGCACUAGACGAUCAACAAAACGUCUUAAUUAUCCGUCCAGAAAAGACUGCGGACAUGAGGAUACGAGAUUUAGAGGACUCCAUGACAAAAAACGAUAUAAUAGCGGCUUUGUCAUUGAAAGAUGAAUGUGCAGCGGAGGCGAUAAAACUCGGGAACAUAACACCGUCUAACAACGGACUGGGGUCACUCUGGCUACGAUGUCCAUUAGUCGCGGUCAAGAACAUUCGAAAUACAAAAGAAUAA